AUGAACCACGCCGAGCAUCUCGGAAUAGCCUUUGCAAACAUCGUGUACGCCUUCUUGAUCACCAUCGACACCGACGACUAUGGUGCAUUCAUCUCUCGAAUGUUUGAGCGAGAAUCCCGAGAAAAGCGGGCGUUGGUUGCAUUCCUCGUCAAAAAGAGGGCUGCUCAUUUUCCGUUCAUGACAGAUGACGUGGGCAAUACAGAAGACGUGGAGAAGGAGCGGAGCCGCUGCGCUGAUGACGGGAUUCAAGACAGUUGGUGGCAGAACGUCGAGUCUUUGAAUGAGAUUCCAGAUGCACCCGUGGAGAGGUUUUUAGAGCGAAAUAUGGCGAUUAACGAUGCUGUGGUGCAGCUUACCAUGGUUCGAAAUGCCUUCUUGGAAUGUAUUUUAGAACUCUCAGAGAACGCUUCUUUCAGUGUGUCCCCCACUCUACACCGAUCACUGCAACAGAUUCCAAAUGACUUUUUUAACGCUGCGAUGAGUGGUGUACAAAGGACCAUCAUGGAAGUUGUCUCAUCUCUCUGUGGUGAACUGAAGCAGAAAAACCUGCCAAACUGUUUUUCACAGUCGAUGGGGACAUCUGGUUGCGGCUCAAGGAGUGAGCUUAUUGGUCAAGGGGGCUGUAAUAGUAACGCCCAAAUGCUGGGUAUUGCAGUGGAAACUAUUUGGGCGUAUAGUGUGGCCUUUAUGUUGGCUGCGGAGGACUUUGUUCGUAUACGAUGUGGGGGUUUUGUACACUGCAGUCGAUUCCUCUUGCGUGACCUUUACAUGCCGUCUGAAGGCGAGAUAACAUCCAGCUUUCGUCCCUCUCUUUGUAAUCUACCACCAGUCUUUUUUCUCUCCUUGAAACUUGCUGAGAAGUUGGGGAACCACUUUUACGGUAUUCUUUCAUCGGGGAGCGUUGUGGCGCGUCCGUCAGACAUGCACCUUCUAUUGCUGAGCCGCUUAUGCUACGGAUUUCUCACCCAGCUGGAUGAAGCCUCGAAGGAUGAUGUUUGGAGGGGAUUGGUAAAUACAUGCUUAUCUGUCGUGCAAAAGGCACGACCUUCCGCCCACGACCGGGAAGAUGUGGAUUGGGGCACUCUCAUUCAGGAGACCGAUCCAUCGCACAGCACCGCAGACCAUGAACGUCUGGUGCAAGAACUGAUGUUUGUUUGGAGGCGACAACAGGGAUGGCGGGGAAGUUCAACGAAUGGAGCACCACAGGACGAAGAUGAUACGUGGGCAACUAGCCUGCCCAUUAUUUUUUUGAAGCCUUAUUCCUUUUUUUCUUUGUGCUUCAAUAAGACGGUCUCCGCGGUUUCGGAGAGUUGUGGGUUGAAGUUGGGCAGCGGCAAUAAAAAUGAGAGGGUAAUAGGUGAUCAUUUUGGUGGCUUGUUUCGUGACGCGAUGCAGUUGUGCCAUAUUUUCACUUAUAGUGCCGGGACGCCUGGUUUACUCAGCGCCCUUCUCGACCUUGUCCGGGGGAUGAUGUCGCUCUCAAGGCGCGAGGGGCGGUUAAAAGAUGUAGUGACACUCAUUCUCUCCGGAUGUCUACUUUCGAAAUCAGCUCCGCACGGCACCUCUCACGCGAACGCGUGGGCGAAGACACAAAAAGUUGUGGAUAGUUUACUGGAUGAGGUUGACAACUGGCGCAAGGCGAGACAUGCGAUCUGCUACUCCCUUUCAAUGGCAGCGCUCCUUGGCAGGUGCUCUCUAAAAGAGUUGGAGUUGAGGCUACCAACGUUCUUGGCCACAAUGGAGUCCUGGUUUGCGUCGGCCAACAAUAUGGAGAGGACGGCUAUUCUUCACGCCACCUUGCACGUUGGAGGGCUUCUGUGUGACGUCUGUGCCAUUCAUGAUCCUCUCUCUCCGCACAAGUGGAACAACUCUAUCUUAAGCUUCUUUCACUCCGUGGAAAAGAUGCUGCUAAAUGUGAUUGGCUUCAAGAUCUGGAAGAACACACCGUACACUUCAUCCUGCAUUGAAAUUGCCUCAGACCUCUUGUUAUUUGCACUACAACAGGAGUCUUUUCAAUCAUCCGCACUUCAUUGGCUUCUGAGGCUUUUGGAGACCAAGGCAAAGACAAGGAUGCUUUCAAAGAGUUCUAACGGCACUGUCAUUACUCGCGGUCGAUUGAUCGCCAUACGUACCAUUUGGGCUCUCGUUGAGCUAUACUACUGUGGAACCUUCUCCAUUGUGGGUCACGAAGGAGUUAGCGCAAAGGAUGUAUUAUUGGCCUGUAUCACUACUUGUGAAAACAGGAAGCGGCUUGGUGCUAUGUAUAACGCUUUACUGGAACAAAAGACUUCUAUAAAGGAGAGAAUCAUUGGGUGUAUUGCGUUUCAAGGGACCUGUUACAGGCCUGCAGUGGUUACUGUUGAGACGCUUGCGAUAUUCUGGCGUGGGAGGAGUCUGAAAAAUGUGAUUCAAUGCUUGAAGACGCAUGAAGAGGUUCGACGGGGAAUCAAUGAGCUUCGUGAGGCUGCUUUUAGUUAUGCCCGACAAAUUUGUGCCAAUGAUCGUGCUGAGGAUGUCGCGGAAUACGUCCAUCAGUUGGUUCCUAUUUUUCUAAUGGCGCGUCUUUGGGAUCCACCGCAGGUGGUGCUGGAGCACAGCCUUGUGCUCCCAACGCUGCUCGUGGGGCCAGUGACGCCGCUAUAUGAGGUGGUGUCAAACGUUGUAUUUCCGUUUUACUUUCUUAAACAGGAUGAAAAAAGUAUGUGGAGAUCUGCGCUUGCGCUUCACCGACUGGUCGAAUGCAUUAUUGUGGAGUUGGGAAAAGACGAGGGUGACCAUGUGGCACACCUAACCGAGUACGUUCGGCUGCACUUAACCAAUCUACGGGAUAGGAUGGAAUCCCUUGUGAAUGAGGAACUAUAUGCACAGGAAAUCGAGGAAUAUGGGGUAACAAGUUGCAACUCCAUGAAGAGGGUAUCUUUUGAUAAGGAGGCGCACCAGAAGACACUUGUGUUUUGUCGCGACAAGUGGAAUUGGUUAUUGGAUGCUUUGGACGUGAGUCCGCUGAGUCCUAGCGAGUUGAACUCAUCGCUCGAUCCACAGGAAUGGUGUGCUGUGCCUGCUGUACGCAACACAGUCCUUGUUGACGUGCUGGAGGGACUGGCCGUGGUGCUGUUGGGGCACACGAAACUGAAUGUGCGUCGAAGUGCGUUAUAUCUGCUGGAGUUGGUUUCCUCACUUUUGAGGUUGCACCGCAUUCAUUGUGGGGCAACCGCCCGAAUAAAAGAUGACCCCUUCCCUGACGGCGCAUAUUGUAAGCCACAUGAAUCGCUGUCAUCCACAGGAAACGUGGGUACACUUCCGUUAAGCCCCGAGGGGUCGAAUUCUCGCAGCGUUGCUGUGGCAGACAUUUUUGUGGAACUCGGUGAGCAGUUUGAGGAGAUGUAUGCCUUUAAUAAGGAACGCUACGUCCCGCUUGUGUAUAUCCUCAAUGGCAGAGUACCCACCGUGACAGACUCCAUGUAUGAGAGGUUUGCCGAAGAGGCACGGCAAGGGUUUCCCGUGGAUGGGUCUUCUAUCAAUAGUAAUUCCCAACACAAACCUUUUUCGGCACGUCCAGCGGCAAUUGCAACUAAACACACGCUCAUUUCCACCUCAUUUGGUGGCCAUUGCCUUGCAGAGGAUGGAACCACACCACACUUUGUCUUUGUUUCUACCACUGCACUGGCACUUCUCAUGUAUGGCUACUCCCCAGGGUCUGCGUUGGUGCGUGUAGUGUGCGCCAUUGCAGGGGAGGUGGUUGAGAGGGGAGCCCAACGGCAGUUAGAGCGCAAUUCAUUUGACUGGGAAUCCUGCUAUGUAUACAAUUACCUUUUUCUCUGCGUUGAUAAUCUGAAGUCCUCCCCGGAUGCGAAUCGGUUAACACGUGGAGGUGAGCGGAAUCGGCCGGGACAUCAGCAAGGCGGAAACUCCACAUUUGUGGGUGGGGCCGACGAGUUAAAGGAUAUAAACUUUCAUAUUUUGAAUCGUCAUGGAGCGUACCAUCACCUGAUGAAAGCCAUUACGGUGCCUCUGAUUUUGAAUGAAAUUUAUACAGAUAACGUUUCACCAUGCUUUUUGGAUAUGAUGCAGUAUUUGCUUCUUGGGCCAAUGGAAUAUGUUGCGACGGGAAGCAGCUCCCUUGUUACUUAUUGUGGGAUCAUGGACAGUGAUCACCCCAUUUUAACAGCGCUGCUGAAUACGUUAGCAGUAGGAGGCAACAAAACACGUCGAGGCAAGCAAACAAUUUUAUAUGCUUGCUAUGUUGUUUUACUUCCGAUGAUUCUUGUCAUUAGCCGUCGUUACUUUGUGAAUCCUCCCUUUGUUCCAGGGUGGAAACAACACAUGGUUGCUACGCAACGUGCCCGGAUGGAGGCCAUUCUUCAGAGUGUUAUUGAUGACCUGCUGUUGGGUGAGUUGCAUAACAAAGACUACGCGGCAGAAAACGAGGAGUCGCGCAGCUUUUCCGCCGAAGCUCUGAGUCGCAUAGUGCAUGAGGGAAAUGGUGUAUCCUUGCGAUCAUGCCUGUCGCUCCCCUUGCUUUCUUUUGUUAUUGCGCAGAGUGACGGCAGGUCCGUGGUGGCACAAAAUACAUCAGAUGACGUCGCAUUGACUGUCUUUCUUCGCGGUGUUCUGUGCGAUGUGAUUGCGCUCGUAUACUCCAAGGAUGCCAAAUUCCUGGAACCGAAGUUUAAAAGUAAUUUUUUGACGAAAGUCCUGUACUUUCUAACGUACCAGGUGCAUUGGUUCAUUCAGGGGAACGCGCGCCAUUCAGGGAGGAGUUUUAGGCAAAAAUUACAAAUGAACAUGAAUGCAGUUAUGGAGAAGAGUAUUCUCGCACUACAGACUGUAGUGUCUUCACUUGACUUGCCUACACUUCAACGGGGCCAGUUUGAGCAUGCAUUUCGUAUUAUUAACGCAUUUGGUAAAACGUUUUUUCGAUGGUUACAAGAUUCCUUACCAACCGACUACGAAAACCUUGAGACACAUGCACCGAACGUAUUUGGGCUUGCGGUCACAUUACUGGUGGUAGACUCUCCGUUACGGGAGUCAGUGAUUUUGCUACUUCGUCAGCUUCCUUUAGGCAGCCCUGUGCAUCGCAUCUUUUUCUCAAUAAUUGUGACAGCGUGUUCGACAAGGUGGGAUGGGCGAAAAGGGCCUCUGCUGUCGCAGAAAUAUCAUCAGAAGGCGUACCCAUCCCUUGCGCGAUCUGUGACAGGUAAUGAGAUGUCUUUUACCAGUACGAAAACCAGCUGGAGGAAUGACGUGUUUGAUGAGGAGUUGAAAACUAUAGGGAGUAUUAUCUACUACGCCUUGGUCUAUCUUUACAAAGAAGAAAGGUUUGGCUACUUUUUUGACCCUGUUGUGCGGUCCAAGGCGUACGGCCUGCUUGUGUUGCUUUGUGGGGAAGCUCCUAUUGAGCCAAUGGCGGACCCGCUGGAUGACUGGCUGUGCUUGCUGCUGAAAAUAUAUCGGAAAGGCACUGUCGAGGAGGAGGGGGAUAAUGAACUUGUACAACACUUUUUCUUAAUGGCCAGCGAAGAUAUUCUUUCCAUGGGGUGCAUUUCAUCCAGUCCUGUAGAACGGCGGCGCAUAGCCUUAAGUUUGCUUUCGUUUUGCUUGCGCCGAGUGAAACCAACGGAAUCUAAGUUACACACAGUGCUUAGUGUCACACAUACGUGCCGGAACACAAGCUCUGAGCUUUCCAUCGCUACGCUGUGGGGCGGAUGGAUUGUCUACGAGGGACGGGAAAGGGAACGCUUCGUCUCUAUCUUGGUGGCAUCCCCAAUGGACUUGGUAGACAAGCGUCUAGUGACGCAUUACAUUGACAUCUACAUAAAUCAUGAAAUGACACUCCGGGGCAAAGGGAACGAUGGUAAGCUUGACGGGCGUUCACGUGGGGCGUACUACAGCUUUCUUCUUUUCUCGCUCUAUCAAAUGAGGCUGCUGCGCGACGUUGUGGCCCACAGUGAAGAGAGUAGGAGGGCAUGUGUGGAGACGCCAGAGACAUCGCAUUCAACCUAUAUGCUGCAGAGUGAUGUGUAUUGGCAUAGUUUCCUGGCGUGUCAUUCAGCUGUCCCCAGCUCCCUGGAUUCGCCGUUAAAAAACAAAAAGGAGGUGAAUGUAAAUUCCAAGGGAAAAUUUUUGUGGAUUAAAAAUGAAAACAUCUGGCACCACUCUAUGCAGCUAACAAACGAGAAUAUCAAGGCAAACCUUUCUUGCUCUUCUAUGCGGGAGCGUCCCAUGGAAAUUGGUGGGAAGAAUGACACAAAAGAACUUCUAGAAGACAUUGCAACGGUGCAGGAGGUGGGCUUUGUCAAACCUCUUUUGAGCGUUCUUUUUUUUGCAUCGUGGGCCAUGGAGAGACUACGGCAACGUGACUGGCGCUUGUGGAAGGAGUUAAACAGAGAUCUUUCUUGCAUUACCAGUUUUACAGUGAAUGAGUUGACAACUGAUUUGAGGGCGGCCGAAAUUGCGCAAAUGUUUUCCUCCGCCUCAGACGACCAAUGCGAGUCGGAGGGCGAAUUGGAGGAUUCUGCUGAAUGUGUGGGUUCCGUAUCUGAGCAUAAUAUUGAUCACCGUGCAUCUUUGACGUGGGAUGAGUGUAAACUGCCGAACACAGUGGAUACGCAGGAUGGAGAUAAAAAUGAUGACGAACAGGAGGAAGAGGGAGAUGCGGAUGCGGAGGUGGAUGCAGAGCAUCAUUCCGGGGAGAGCAGCGUUGGUACGGUUGUGGUAAACGCUAAUGUACCAAAAACAAGCGUUACAGAAGCAAUGGUGUUCAACAUCAAACAAGCGGACAAGUUGAGGAAGGAAACGAGAUUGAAGCGUUCACGCCGAAUGAAUGAUCCGUCUCUUCUUCUUCAGAGGGACCUUGUUGUGUUGUUUUUGCAUUUUGCCUGCAUGCUCCUUGUGCACAUGGGUUUUGGGGAGAUGUGCUGUGGAGAGAAGUCUGAGGAACUCUCCUCACGCUUUUAUGUCGUGGAAAGGGCAUUUGAGGCACUUGGCAUUCUUUUGAAAGAUACCGCUACGCAAGGAACCUGGCGGUCGUCGUCGACUCUCAAACACUGGCUGAAGCUGACAUUUGCCCGAGUGCGGCGUCGUUUGGCAAUGAAGAGGGGUCUGAAAAACUGGGAUGAUGGUGUAAUUUCACUGACCUUUGAAUCUUGUUUGUUUUUUGAGGGGACCGUCUUCGAUGCGGGUAACUCGGGUACCCCGUCAUCGUCUGUGGAGCUGGUGCUAAAAGAGCUGUUUUUAAACAUCGCGGGACAGGGUCGCAAUAUACGUGGUCGUCACUUUCUUCUACGGUGCCUCCAUGAGUUUUCGACGUGGCUGGAGCCAAACACUUAUCAGGAUAGCGAUGCCAAAGCCUGGCGGAAUUCACUCCAUCCUUACAUCUUACUCAUUUCCUUGAAGGUGGCGCGAGCGAUAUCGUUUUGUCUUUCCUACACAACAGGGGUGUUGGUGGUGGGGCGUGAUUGCCAGCACAAAUGGAUGGAAAAGACGGCUAUGCAGUUGGCAGGCGUAAGUGCAUUUCGACGGUUUAUUAUGGCGCUUUCUCAGCAGAUGAAUGUGCUACAAAAAGAGUCUUCUUCCGCGAUAAGGCCAUUUGCGCGGGCUCAAUGUUACAAUUUUUGUGCCUCGGUUCUGAGGUCCAUGGCCUGUCUGCUGAGUGACAUAAUUAUUCAUGAAAUGUACUACUGCACAGGGGCACAUGCGGAGCAAGUGGAGGAAGAGAAACAGGAUGCGCUUUUACUCUCCACCCCCUUUGGGGAUAACAGCUCAUUCCCAGCACAUUAUCUCUUGACAAGUUUCUGGACGGGGUUUGCAUUUCUGCUUGACCCCAACUUGUGGCAGGCGGCGUGUGACGUGUUGACUGUCUUUCAUCGUUAUGGCUGUGCUCAGUUUCUUGGCAGCAUUUCUCCUCCACCCUUGCAGUUGCCGUAUCCGUUAGGCAUGAACGUAACGCCUGACUGUGCAGCCGUGCAACUAGUGCUACUGCGUCAAGGCAAGGAAAACAUGGUGGAUCAGAAUAAAGGGGGAAAUCCAACGUUGUCGGAGCAGGAGGAUCAUGGCGUGGAACACACCGUGGAUGUGGUGCUGAACUACCUCAAUGAGUAUGCAAGCGAGAAGGAAGAGCCUGCUGUGCUUCUGGCGUUUACGGAAUUGUUGCUAUUGUGUGAUUGGACGUCGCUCGAUUAUGGAACACGUGCCCCAAGAUUCACAGCAUUCGCAAGAAGGGGGGAUGUUUCUAUGGAUUCUCAGCGUCAACUCCCUCAGAAGCUCUCCACUCAACGAGACAUGGGCCCACUUCAAUCCUCCGCGUAUCGUCCUUUUACGCGUUACGUAUGCUACUUUGCUGAGUCGUGGAAACGAGGCUUGCUGUUGCUCCCAGCGGGUUGUGAGAGAACUGCAGAGGGGUUGGCGUCACGCAUGUCGUUUGUGCUUGGGGAUUUUUUCCAUAUGGCGGUGAAGGUAUUUGGCGUUUCCUCUGUCGAAGUCCUGCUGCAUCGGGUGAUUGCAGGGAAUUGUUGGAAACGAGAGUCUAUAGAAGUAACAACUUCGUGUUCAGGGAACCGCUACACGGGUUUUUGCUCGCUGCCAAGCUGCGCCGAUCCCUCCCGAAGAAGUCACAUAUUGAAUGAUGUACACGCGAGUUCUUUUCAGAGCCAGUUUGAAUCGCUUGUCGUCUCACCGCUUAUGUUUUUGUUUCAGUCAUCGGAGACGCCGCUGCCGCUGUGGAGCAAGAUUCUUGCCCUGGUGGCGGCGCUGCUGCGGUAUCAUGAGCAAAAUCAUGGAUUUGUGACUGAUCAGCUACUGAAGUUCCUGCCAGACAUUGAGCGGGGGCUGGGCGUCGGGACGGCCUCGAACGCCCUCACAGAUGAGACACCGCUUUACGACAGGCUCGUUGUGCUCGUCCUCGCGGAUGAGGUGUCGUCAAAGGUGAAGCGACUACGCAUGGCGGCAUGGACUAAGACGCCCUCCACCUCGCCAUUUGACACCGGAAAUGCCGUAUCGCAGCUGGCCUUGUUGCUAGAUAAUCAGCCAUUUGUGACAGCCCUAAUGGAUAAACUCACCCAUGACCCCUUUUCUGCCUACUCCGAAGCAAACGUUGGAACGUCGGUGCGAAUGGAACUCACGGGGGAUAUCUCCAAGCUUAACACCUCAUCGCCUAUGGAAGAGUGGGAGCUGAGGCCUUUUCAAGCGGCGUCGAGGAAAUUGCCCGAGGAGACUACUUUUGGCGACGAAAAGGGGAUGCACCCACUGGAGGUGCCUAGGACAAUCCCAGACCACACAAAUGAGGACGAUGCAUCCAGCCUCAUCAUACAGGAUGCUCAGCGAUGCACGGAGACCUCCCGUUCACAUCGCUUUGGCGGCUACAUUUACGAAACCCUAACCGAAGCCAAUGGUGCGAUGCAACUGACAGGCCAGUUACCUCUCGAGUAUUACCGCCCCACGAUCAAAGAAACUCCACUAGCAUUGGGUUUACGUGCUCCAGAGCGGUCCAGCAGCGCCGACCAGACACCGCCUAGUGUGCAGCAUCGUUCCUUUGAUCAGUUUAUUUGGCCACCAGGCAUCAACACGGUGUGCGCGUCAAGUGCCAGCGUGGUAUCUGCCUUAUCUUUGAGUACUUCUACCGGAAAACGAUUUUCAGGUAGCGACGACGACAACACUUCUUCGACCGCCUCUACUUAA